GGGAGGACCGGGGUGAGGGGAGUUGAAUGAUUGAACUUUCUUGUGUAGUUUCUGCGCGCGGAGGUGUCUGUCCCCGGCGCAGCCCGGCACCCGCCCGCCGAGCGGGAGCGAGCUCACCCCGGCGCCUGCCGCCCCCCGCACCGCCCGGCCGCCCCUCUGCCCUCCUCUCCCGCGGAGCGAUGGUGCGGAGGGCGCCCGGCGCGUCCCUCGCCCUGAUCCUCUGGGUGACGGCCGCCUGCGGCAGCCCCGACGGGCCGGGGGCCGCCGCCUCCGCCCGCAGACAGGACGAGGUUUUCUCCACUGCCAGAUGCACCUCCAGGUGCCUGAGCCUCCAGAUCACUCGCAUCUCCGCCUUCUUCAAGCAUUUCCAGAACAAUGGGUCACUUGCUUGGUGCCAGAAUCAUAAACAGUGUUCAAAGUGCCUGGAGCCCUGCAAAGAGUCCUGGGACCUGAAGAAAAACCAUUGCCAAAGCUUCUGUGAGCCUCUUUUCCCCAAGAAGAAUUAUGAAUGCCUAACUAGCUGUGAAUUCCUUAAGUACAUCCUGUCUGUGAAGCAAGGGGACUGCCCAGCACCUGAGAAGGCCAGUGGUUUUGCAGCUGCCUGUGUUGAAAGCUGUGAAGCUGAUAGUGAAUGUUCUGGAGUGAAGAAAUGUUGUUCCAAUGGAUGUGGUCAUACGUGCCAAGUUCCAAAGAAUCUGUACAAAGGUGUUCCACUGAAACCCCGGAAAGAGUUAAAAUUCAUAGAACAUCAGUCUGGAGACCUGGAAGUGAGGUGGUCUUCAAAAUUCAAUAUUUCCAUUGAGCCUGUGAUUUAUGUUGUUCAGAGGAGGUGGAAUCAAGGAAUCCAUCCAAGUGAGGAUGAUGCUACUAACUGGCAAACUGUGGCACAGACUACGGACGAGCGGGUUUGGCUGCCGGACAUCCGAGCGAGCAGGUGGUACCAGUUCCGCGUGGCAGCUGUGAACGUGCACGGGACAAGAGGCUUCACAGCACCCAGCAAGCACUUCCGAUCCUCAAAAGAUCCAUCUGCUCCACCAGCUCCGUCUAAUAUCAGAAUUGCCAAUAUCAGUGCAAGCAAUGAUGGGAGUGUGAAUGUAAUGAUUACUUGGGAUCUUCCAGAAGAGCCUGAUAUCCCAGUGCACCACUACAAAGUCUUCUGGAGCUGGACAUACAGCAAAUAUGUAAUUCCAGCGAAAAAAAAGAGAAGGAAGACUACCGAUGGGGCCCAAAAUUAUGUGGUCCUGGAGGGGCUCCAGCCCAACAGCAACUACAAUGUAGAACUGCAGGCAGUAACACGUUGGGGUCAGAUACGCCUAAAAAGUGCUAAGGUUUCUCUCCAUUUUAGCACGACUCAGGACAUCAGGAGUAAUAAGGAACGGACAUCUGCUGGGAAAUCACAGAAAGGACUGGUAGAUCCUUACCCAACCUUUCAAAGAAGGAAAACCACUCGUUUUCUAAAAAUUGGAACUCCUUUCUAUCAGGACAAUCAACUUCAGGUCAAAGUCUACUGGAAGAAGACGGAUAUCAGCAUGAAUCAGUUCCAAGUCCACUGGUUACUGGAAUCCUGUGCACACAAUGAUACCAAAGGACUUAGGAAAGUAACAGAGCUGACUUACGAAAACUACAUUAUUCUGAAGGACCUGUCAUUUUCAUGCAAAUACAAAGUAACUGUUCUGCCUGCAAAAUCUAAAGGGCGUUUUAAGGCUGAGAGCACUUUCUUUGUUACCCCCCCUUGCUCUGCAUUUAAAGAAAAGAAACACAAGCACGUUAAUUGUCCUGCUGAAGGAGUGCCAGUUCUACCCAAAGUGUUGGCCAAACCCGAGAAUCUAUCUGCAUCUUUCAUUGUUCAGGAAGGUAACAUCACUGGUCAUUUUUCCUGGAAGAUAUCUAAGGCAGACCUUCACCAGCCCAUGACAGGGUUUCAAGUCACUUGGGCAGAAGUGACCACAGAAAGCCGGCAGAACAGUUUACCCAACAGCAUCAUUUCGCAGUCACAGAUACUGCCAGCAGAUCAUUAUGUACUCACUGUGCCCAAUCUGAGGCCAUCGAUGCUGUACCGCUUGGAAGUUCAAGUGCUGACGACUGGUGGGGAAGGGCCAGCUACGAUUAAAUCGUUCCGAACACCUGACCUUCCUCCGUUUUCACCCCACAGACCUCAUCUGAAGCAGCAUCAUGCACAUCACUACAAGCCACCCCCUGAGAAAUAUUAGGCUGUUUCAGAUACGAAUAACUGAGCAGAAAAAACUGAGCUCCCAAAUGAGGUCUGGGAAAAGGCAUAUCUGUAAUAGCAAUGAACCCAGUUUUCCAAUGGAAGUGACCAUCCUGUAUGACUGUAUCUACUUCUCUGUAGUUUAUUCAUGAAAAAUUAUAUUUGCACCAUGACCCAGAUGAAUCAUACAGCAAGUAUCACUUCAUUACCACCACAGUUCAAGAAACUGAGGAUUGCAUCCAUCUCAACACCUGUGAGAAAAUUAGAAGUGUGUUCAUCAUAUUGUUUUCAUAUUCUAUGUUUAAAGUAGGUUGAAACAGUGCAGUGUAUACAGCUUUUUCUCUUAGUGAAUUCAAUGUUAAUAUUU